UACGCGACCGGGUCGGGUGGUUAGCAGUCAUCUGGCGACCGGUGUUCGACGCACAUUGCCGUUGUCCGUGUCUCUCGUGUGUGCGCCGCGCGCGCGUGUGUUUUAUAAUAAUAGUAAUAUUAUGUGCGCCAAACCACCACCGCCGUCGCCUAUUCGCGUCCAACAAUAAUUAUUAUUUCGACGAUCGUAAAAUAAGACUGUUCCGAUUUUUUUCAUCCGUCGUCGUCGUAGUGUCUUACGCUCUCCGUCCGGCACCACUCGGUCUAGAGUGAUAGCGGACAGCCGCCUACCCGGCCACCGAGUCCAGACGGUAUAUACGACGAGUGUCCGCCUCCGCCGGAGCUAUGACUUGACCCUCCCCACAAGGAGGCUUUUUCGCGUUCGUUUUCUUUUUUUUUUUUUUGUUUCUUUGACGAUUUAAGACGGUUUUUUCUGUUUGCAAACGAUCUCGGUGCGUUUUUCCCGCGAAAUAACGGUUUUUUUUGUUUUUUUUUUUUUUGGAAAAUUUUGAGUUUUUAUCCUUUUUGUUGACAAACAUCGCGUAGGACGACAUGAAGACGGUCGUGAUAUGCGCACUCGGGUGUCUGCUGAUCGUCGCGGUCCGUGCCUCGGUGGACAGCGGCAGCGGCAGCGGAGGAGCGCCCAACAAGGCGUCCGCGACCAUCGUCGACGACGAAACAGUGAUAACCACAAACGUAGAAGCUGUGGCCGGAAUGGUGGCGUAUUUACCGUGCAACAUGACACCACCGACGCCGAGUGAUCGCGUUACGUUGGUCAUCUGGUUCAAACAAGGAGAGACCAAUCCAAUAUACAGCUAUGACGUGAGACAUGGUGGGCCUUUGAUGCCUGCAGUGUCACCCUCCUCAAAAACGACCGACGGGCCACAGCAAAAGUCCAUCGUAGUUACUGGUCCUCAUAGGUCUGACGAUAAGACGUUGGACGGUCGAGCAUACUUUCGCGUCACCUCGAAACCGGCAGCACUCAUAGUGCAGGACAUCGGUGACAAGGACGCAGCCGUGUACAAGUGUCGGGUCGAUUUCAAAAAAUCACCCACUCGAAAUUCCAAUGUCAAUUUGACUGUCAUACUGCCCCCGGACCGGCUGAGCGUGCUGAACGAAAAAGGCGAUCACAUACCGCAUUACAUACUUGGGCCGUACAAGGAAGGUGUAACGGUCGAUAUCACGUGCAUCGCAAGCGGAGGACGUCCGCCACCCCGUGUCACCUGGUGGCAAGAGAACGCGCUGAUCGAUGAGACGUUCGAAACUCUACCGGACCGGAAGGUGAGAAACGUGUUGCGCCUUGAACGACUUGAACGCCGCCACCUCAACACCGUUUUCACUUGUCAGGCAUCCAAUAAUCACAUGGUGCCGCCAAUAUCCAGCUCCGUCUCGUUGGACAUGAUACUUCGACCAUUAUCGAUUAAAUUGGUUGGUGAAAAUCGUCCACUAUCUGCAGACUCACCUGUCAAUGUCAGUUGCCGAGUUACAGGGGCCAAACCACCGCCAAUCAUCACCUGGUGGAAAGAUGCCACCCAAAUGACAGAUGCCAAACAAAUAACCAGUCCGGAUGGCAACAUAACUACGAGUGUGCUGACAUUUACUCCAGCGAUCAAAGACUCAGACAACACGUUGAGCUGCCGAGCAGAGAGUGGUAAACCGGAUACCGUCAACAACAGACACAGUGGCAAACCUGACAGUCGCCAAUAUCAAUCAGUCGACGUUGAUUCUUCCGAUGGAUGGAAAAUAAACAUAUUUCAUGUACCUGUUGUUAACCUUGAACUUGGCAGCAACAUCAACGGCAGCGCUAUACAAGAAGGCAUGGACGUGUAUUUUGAAUGUAACAUCAAAUCUAACCCGUGGGUGUACAGAGUGACAUGGAGACACAACGGAAAGCUGCUGAACAACAACCCAGCCGCUGGCACGAUUGUCAGCAAUCAGAGUCUGGUCUUGCAAAAGGUGUCCCGGAGCCGCGCCGGCAUUUACACGUGCGUUGGUAGCAAUCAGGAGGGAGACGGCGAGAGCAAUUCAGUGCCGUUGGACAUUAAAUUCGCCCCAGUAUGCCGACCCGGCCAGGAGACGGUUCAAGGGGUGGGCAGACGCGAAGCUGCCAAAGUGCUGUGCGAGGUGGAGGCCAACCCGUCGGACAACGUACGGUACACGUGGCGUUUCAACAACUCGCGGGAAACGGUCGACUUGGAUCGCGACCGUUAUACGGAGGAGGGACCGCGGAGCACUGCCGCGUACACUCCACUGACGCCACUCGAUUACGGGACACUCAUGUGUUGGGCGAGCAACGAGUUUGGCAAACAAACAGUGCCAUGCGUGUACCAGGUGAUAGCUGCCGGGCGCCCGGACAGCUUGGAAAACUGCUCGGUGGUAAACCAGACGUCGGCAUCGCUGGUGGUCCGGUGCCAACCAGGUUUUGACGGCGGUCUCAGCCAGAGGUUCGUCAUGGAGGUGUACGAUCGUCACGGACAGUCGCUGGCUGGCAACGUGACUGCCGACCGACCUGCGUUCACCGUGGGCAGUCUUCCUUCCGGUUUGGGAUUCGACAUCAGCGUUUACGCGUACAACAGCCGCGGACCGUCCGAUCCCGUCCAGCUUCACGCCUACACCCUCAAGUCGGCCGAGAAACGCACAGCGGUCACGCCCUCAGGAUUUCGCUUUUCGCCCAUGCUAGCCGUGAUCGCCGUCGGAUGUGUCGCUUCUGUCGUGUCCAUCGCGUGUAUUGUGGCCGUGGCUGUGGCUGUACAGCGGAAGCGAGCUAGACGCCGUCGCCGCGAACGGUCAAACGACGAGUCAAAAACGGCCAUCGACGGCGUUGGCGGAACCGGAACUGGUACAGGGGCUGGAGCCGGAAUCGGCGAUGGUGGUGGAGUUGAUGGCGGUGGCGGCGGAGGUGGCACUGGAGGAGGCGCCGAUGGAGGCACAGGUGGAGGCGACGGUGGAGAUCGUCAUCAUCAACGAGCUGAUGCCGUCGACGACGGGCUAGAAAAGAAUCCCGACAUCAUACCACACGACAACGAUUACUUGGACGAAGACGAAAAGGCAUUUGAACGGUUAAACAGUGGCAGAAUAUACUCUUCACGAAUGGUCGACGCUGAAGCAUGCAAACAACAAGCUCGCGGACUUAUGCCGCCACCUCCUUCGAUGACGCCACAACAGCAGAUCUAUUCUUCGGACAUUGUCGGUGGUUCUCCAUCCGCUGGCGUCGUGUAUCCAAACCUGAUGUGCCCCACGCCGCCACCGCCACCGUCACAGCUGUUGCUCCACCAACACUAUCAGCAACAGCAACUUCAGCAGCAGCAACAACAACUACAGCAACAGCAGCCUACUGCCGCAUUGCACCACCACCGGCACAACGGCGGUGGACCUCAGCACGUGCAAUACGUUCAGGUUGACCACCAAAACCAGUUCGCCAGCCACCCACACCAGCACCACCAUCUACAUCAUCAUCCCCUGCCACCACCGCACUACCAGCCGGUUCCACAGGCAAGGACCAUGACUCUUGGCCGUUACCACAACAACCACAAACACGGUCACAAUCAACCACAAGACCGUUCUGCCGAGAUACCUCUGUUGUUGGCCGCCCAACCCGGGCUCCAACACCACCAUCAGCUUCACCAGCGCGAGAGCACGACCGACUUGACGGUGGACCCACAGCUGCAGCAGAGAAGCGCUGUCGGACCAGUUUUCGGAAAACCACCCCCGUCGGCGGCGCCAUCGCAACAGCAGCAGAUCAUCGCCGCCACGCGGUUCUGACAGACGGACUUCGAGCCGAUUCCCGAGGACGAUCUGGUCAUGUUGUGAACUCGCCCCCGGACAACCCCCAAAACUAGACGACGGUGACCACACAACUGCAACUGACCGUAUACUAAAUCCUCCUGAGGUUAUGGUAUACAGACCGCGGACUUUCGGCGAAUACGCCUGGCGUAUUCAAAAUACAUAAAAAAAAUGCUCGGGGGAUGAACGAAAAAAAAGUGUUUUUAAUUUUUUUCAAAUUGUUUAAUAUUAUGUUUUCUAUACUGUUGUCGUUUGAUUUAUGUUCCCCGCUUUCAGUCAUAAUCCACUGUUCCGAUCCUUGCGACGUACCGCGUUAAAUAGCGUAUUGUACCUAAACUUGUACUAUACACCCUACUCCUGCGAUCCCAUUGUACGACGCUAUCGACCACAACCGAUUUUCCGAGUAAGUGAAUCGCGAUCGAUGUCCGCCCACCAGUCUCUAGCUGUAAGAAAAUAUUAUUAUGAUAUAGACUCUUGACGCCCCCCACCCCUCACAACCACCACCACCACCACGAAUGAAAAACGUCAUGUCGUGACGCCGGCGGCAGAUCCGUAUCUACGUACCGUCGUUAUAAAAUUUUCGACGACGAUAAUUAAUCACGAAAAACCAUCUCAAAGUAUAAUAAAUCCCGAAACUAUAUACGGGACAUCUGUUUCGUCGCUCCUGAAAACUCUUACGGGCACACACAAAACAUCAUUAUAAAAGUUUCGCCGUUGUAAUAUAAUAUAUUAUAUUGUGUAUACGCGCACGCUAGAGGUAAAUUAACGACAGUUAAUUUUUUUUUUUACGAACAGAAAAAACGCAAAAUGUCCGCCCAAUGUCGUCGGAAUUUCUCAACUUAAUGGUAUUUCUUUUUUUGUUCUUUUCCUUUUUGAUACAGGCACCCGCGUUUUUAUGAUACCUACGACUAUAUCCAGACGUUAUAGCAAGGCCCUCCAAGUCACCACCGCCGCCGAACGAACCGGCCAUAAUAAUAUUAUUAAAAUAUAUCGUUUCACCGUCCGAUUCUGACGAUUCGCACGACACACAGAUGGGCAGAUGCGGUUGUCACACAGUGGCCGUCAAUACCUUUGGUUUUGGUGGCACUUGCGGUCAAUCAUUUUUUUACACCUAUAAACUGGUUUUACAAAUCUCUCAAGUUUCUCGUUAAGAGAUGACCACUUUAUUUCAAAAAGGCUAUGACUUCACUAUUAAUAUUUCUACAUGCGCUUCCGCCAAGACAAUUUUAUAAUAUAUGAUUAAAACAAGAACACGUCGUUAAUAUAAAAAUUCGAUAGAAGAAACAAUAAUUGUAUCCGUCAUAUAUUAUAAUUUGGUAACAAUUACCAAGUUUUAUUUUUUGACGAUGAUGUUGAAGAAAGGAUUAUUCAAUUUUCAACUACACUAAUGCUUAUAUUUAUUUUGUUGAUAGAGCUUUUAAAAGUUGUAGCAAACAGUUCAUAGAAAUGUAUACAAUACAUCUAGAUAAUGUAAACACAUCGAGAGAAACUAAUGUCAUUCCAGUCAUUUUUGUAUAACUUCUAAAAAAAAAAACAAACCCCAAUAUAUUAUUAAAUUGCUAUUUUCAUAAAGAUGACAGUAUCGUAAGACCAUUUCAUAUUUUUAAGGUACAAAAAUAAAGUGGCCACAAGUGCCACCAAAAAGAUUCUGACCGCAACUCUGCCGACCGAAUCUGUGUCGGAAUCCACACAGAGUAUGAUACGCUCGCAUUGGCGCAAAACUAGGUCGUGAAUCCGUAAACCGACACUCCUGCCGAUAUGUGAUGACCAUUUUUUCCUUUUUCCAGAGUGCUGAAAGCGCGGUGCCGGAGUUUUCGUUUUUCCUAAAUCAAGACAAUCCAUAAAACACCUCACGCGAUACAUAUUUUGUUUUUGAUUUCUACUCUCGAUUACCGUUGACGCAUACCCAUGUGCACCCAUUUACCUACCCACAGCCGCCUACCUGUCUUACUAAUUCAAUUAUUUCGUAUUUCCAUAAAUGUGUUGUAAUACGCAUUAUAUUAUUAUAUUAUUCACAAUAAUAUGUGUACCGCGAAUGUUGUAAAAAUUAAUUGUUCCUUAUCGUUCGAUGCUCAAGAGUCACUCAAUCGACGUAAAUGGACACGAUGUUUUAAUAUGUGUUAUUUAUGAAAUUGGGAAAACAUUUUUUUUUAAGUGUAAACUGUAUGAAUUCGAGGUUGUAAAUAUUAUGUUGUAAAUUAAAACAGCUUGUGGCCACAAUGUUUUUAUAGACUAAAAUCAAUGUCUUUAUAAUAUUGAACCAUUUUCAUCAUAUAUUAUUAUUAUUAAUACUACUAUAAUACAUAUUAUUAUUAUGUUUGACUUGUGUUACCUCUGAGAUAAUUUUCGUUAAGUUUAAAAGUAAAAAAACACUUAUUCAAUGUUACUGCAUACCAUACUUUAAUAUAGGCACUGUGCUUUUGUCGUACUUAUAUAAUUAUUAGGUAUAAUAUGUCUAUUAUAUUGAUACAACUUGUAAUGUAAAUGUAUAUCUUACUUUAAGAUAGGUAAAUAUGUGUAACAAAACAUUUCUACGAUCACAGAUUCAUGUAAAUUCCAAAAAAGUAUAUUAUAAUAAAUUAAUAUUAAGGCUAAGAAGCAAAAAGUAAAAACUGUAUCAUAUAAUAGAUAGUAAAGUUGACGUUAGGCACUCGACUCUGAAAAUGUAUCGUUUCAUGCACAACUAAUGUGUUAUACAUUUUCUUCACUCGUUUACGGUUUUCAAAACGUAGGAACAACAAAUCGACAAGCCAUAUGAAAAUGUAAAAAUGUAGAGCAGCUAUAAACUGACCUAGUUACCUGUAUAGGUUAAUAGAAAAGUUUUCUCAAAGGAAGACUCAGAAUGUGCUGGAAUGUUUAAGUGAACGAUAAUAAUCAGAUUGAUGCCAAGAGGCUAAUUAUAUAAAGUGUUUUUUUUCUGUAAAUAAAUUAGCAUUAUAAAUAUUAUCAUUACGUUAUUUAUGUAUUUAAAUGUAUGUUUUCUUAUAUAUUAUGUUAAUUUAUAAGAGGGCUUUAAUAUGGUUUUCUUGUUUCGAUUUUUUUCAUAUAAACGUAUCUAAUUGCAUUAUUUCGAUGAUUCCCGUUUAAUAUUCGACUAAUCCCUCAAAUAAAUACUUUUAUAUUGUUUUACAGUGCUAAAAUGAAAGUGUCAUGUUAAAUUAAAGUAUAUAAACUGUAACUCGUAUACUGACUAAUAUUAUAGAUCAUUUUUUUCAUGCAGGUUUAAUAGUUCAAUAAAUACCAUUAAAUGCAUAUUACAUUACACCCUUUAAACAUUAAACGUAGUUUUCAUAAUAAUUUUUCGCUAGCCAUACGGUUUAUUACAUUUAUCGUAACAUGUUUAAUAAUAAUAUUGCAGUAUAUUAUAUUGUAAGGUGUUUAUAUGUGUUGUAAAUAUAAUAUAUUUAUAAGAUAGUGUUAUGCAAGUCAAAGUUUAUAAAUGUCCUUAAUUAAUAUUAUAUUAUUAUAUGGUUUAAAAAAUAAAUAAAACGUGAAAUUAGUCCAAA